UCUCCCCUACUCUCGUGCUGCCCAUGCUGCCCAUGCUGCUGUGUGUCUGUGUGUUGUUUUGCAGUGUAGUGGUAGUAGUUGUUGUACAGAGAGGAGGCGGAAAGAGCUGAGCUGUGAGCUUAAGUCGACAUUGGCUGUCAUUGUUGAAUGAACUGGAUAGCACAACCCUAGGCACCAGAGCACUGAAGGCUGGGAUUUUGGCUUUUUCCAAUUUAGCGCUCCUUCAGAAGAGGAUUAGUGCUUCUCCUCACAUUUGACUUUAAAUGGAGGGACUUUACCAUGAUAUUUCCAGGAUCGCCUACUACACAGAAUAUGACAGACACCUAGCAGCGGCCGUUUCAGCAGGGAAGACCAUGGCAACAGCCUACAUGGACCCCAACCUGAACAAUGCCUUCCUAGCAGGCGCCAAGUCUCGGCUGAGCGCGGGAGGAUCGGACCGCACCAUGGCUGGCUCCGUGGACAGGGUUCUGAAAGUCUUUCAUUACUUCGAGGCCAACACCGAACACAGCUUCUGGUCUUCCAAUAUCAGAUACGGAGAUGCAACGGAUGUUAGGGGUAUCAUCCAGAAGAUUCUGGACAUCAACAAGGUGCGGUGGACUUCAUGUUUUGGCCUCCGACUCAGCAACAGUCAGUCCAGAGACCAAGUGCACUGGCUCCACCCGGACAUGGGCGUGUCCCACAUCAGAGAGAAAUACGAACAGGCACGGGCCAACGAGGAGUGGAGGUAUGAGCUGAGGAUCCGCUACCUCCCGAAAGGCUUCGUCCAGCAGUUUACCGAAGACAAACCUACACUCAACUACUUCUACCAUCAGGUGAAAAAUGACUACAUGACACAGUUUGGAGAUCAGGUGGAACAAGACAUAGCUCUCAAGUUGGGCUGUUUGGAAAUCAGGCGGUUCUUCAAAGAGAUGAGAGGAAACGCUCUGGACAAGAAGUCCAACUAUGAACUACUGGAGAAAGAUGUUGGUCUGAGGCGAUUUUUCCCUAAAGAUCUGUUGGACUCGGUCAAGGCUAAAACUCUCCGGAAGCUGAUUCAGCAAACAUUCAAGCAAGUGGCCAACCUCAACGACGAGCAGUGCACCCUCAAGUUCUUGGAGAUACUCGCGCCGAUCUACCGCUUCGACAAGGAGUUCUUUAAAUGUGCCCUCGGGUCCAGCUGGGUGAUCCAGGUGGAGUUGGCCAUCGGGCCAGAAGAAGGCAUCAGUUACCUCACUGAUAAGGGAUCAACACCCACACAUUUAGCAAACUUUACCCAAGUCCAGUCCAUCCAGUACUCGGCUAUGGAGGAGAAAGACAGGAAAGGCAUGCUGCAGCUGAAUGUAGCCGGGGCUGCUGAGCCUCUCACAGUUACGACAGCAUCGCUCACCACGGCGGAAAACUUGGCUGACCUGAUCGACGGUUACUGUCGGCUCGUCUCGAUGGAAACCCACUCGUUCAUUGUCAGAGUACAAAAAGAGGGAGAGAGAGCUCUGCCUUCCAUCCCAAAACUUUCCAACAAUGAGAAAAAGUUGGAGGCAGUGCGGAGUGGAGUGAGGGCGAUCUCUGUCUCUGAUGUAGUGACAUCGACAUCCCCCAAGCCAACCAGGGCACGACGUUUCCUCCUCCCCUUUACCUUCUGUGCCGACUCGCCGCCCAACGAGGACCUUAGCGGGGACGAGACCGACGACUAUGCGGAGAUAGUUGAUGAAGAGGACACGUACACCAUGCCCUCCAUGAGCUAUGGAGUAGUUGAAGCGCGGGACUAUGAGAUCCAGAGGGACAGGAUAGAGUUGGGUCGCUGCAUCGGAGAGGGUCAGUUUGGCGACGUUCACCAAGGAGUCUACAACUGCCCGGACAAGCCACCUCUACCUGUUGCCAUCAAAACGUGCAAAAACUGCACCACAGACAGCGUCAGAGAGAAAUUCCUCCAAGAAGCCUUAACGAUGCGGCAGUUCGACCACCCUCACAUAGUCAAGCUGAUCGGCGUGAUCACAGAGAACCCGGUGUGGAUCAUCAUGGAGCUCUGCACGCUUGGAGAGCUGCGGUCGUUCCUUCAGGUGAAGAAGUACAGCCUGGACUUGGCCACUCUCAUUCUGUUUGCCUAUCAGCUCAGCACAGCGCUGGCCUACCUGGAGAGCAAACGCUUUGUGCACAGAGACAUCGCAGCUCGUAAUGUGUUGGUGUCCUCUGUGGACUGCGUGAUGCUCGGAGACUUUGGUCUGUCUCGAUACAUGGAGGACAGCUCAUACUACAAAGCCUCUAAAGGUAAACUUCCUAUCAAAUGGAUGGCCCCUGAAUCGAUCAACUUCAGGAGAUUCACCUCUGCUAGCGACGUGUGGAUGUUUGGAGUGUGUAUGUGGGAGAUUUUAAUGUACGGCAUCAAGCCCUUCCAGGGGGUGAAGAACAACGACGUGAUUGGCAGGAUAGAGAACGGCGAACGGCUGGCUAUGCCUCCUCAGUGUCCGCCCACCCUCUACAGCCUGAUGACCAAAUGUUGGUCGUACGACCCCAGCAAGAGGCCACGGUUCACUGAACUCAAAACACAACUCAGCACUAUACUGGAGGAGGAGAAGCUUCAACAGGAGGAGAGACUGAGGACGGAGAUGAGGAGGCAGGUCACCGUUUCCUGGGACUCCGGAGGCUCUGAUGAAGCUCCUCCUAAACCCAGUCGACCGGGUUACCCCAGUCCUCGCACCAGUGAGGGCUUCUUUCCCAGCCCACAGCACAACCACUUCCAGUCGUCAGCUCAUGGUGGUGUCGGAGGAGUAGGAGGCAGCUUUCUUCAGACUGAUUCUUGGAAUCAGCUCAGACCUGAACAUACAGCACUGUGGAGCCCAAAUAUGGAGGACAGAGCGUGUGUGAGCCAGGCUCUGAUGGAGGAGACGCUGAUAAAGCAGCAGCAGCAGAUGGAGGAAGACCGGCGGUGGCUGGAGCAGGAGGAGAGCCUCAUGAAAUCCGAGUCCAGGAACAGCAGAGGCAGCAUCGACAGAGAGGACGGCACGCUGCAGGGUGGAAGUCAACAUAUCUAUCAGCCUGUCGGGAAGCCAGAACAUGUAGCCCCCCCCAAGAAGCCGCCCCGCCCCGGAGCUCCGGCUCACCUGACCAACCUGGCCAGCCUCGGCCCUGUGGACAGCUACAACGACGGAGUCAAGCCGUGGAGGUUACAGCCCCAGGAGAUCAGCCCACCCCCCACGGCCAACUUGGAUCGCUCAAACGACAAGGUGUACGAGAAUGUGACGGGGCUGGUCAAAGCUGUGAUCGAGAUGUCCAACAGGAUCCAGCCCGCUGCGCCGGAGGAGUACGUCCCCAUGGUCAAGGACGUCGGUCUGGCUCUGAGGACUCUACUGGCGACAGUGGAUGAAACGAUUCCUGUGCUGCCAGCCAGCACACACAGAGAGAUCGAAAUGGCCCAAAAGCUGCUGAAUUCUGACUUGGCCGAGUUAAUAUCAAAGAUGAAGCUGGCGCAACAAUACGUCAUGACAAGUUUACAAAAGGACUACAAGAAACAGAUGCUAAUGGCAGCUCACGCCCUGGCGGUCGAUGCCAAGAACCUGCUGGACGUCAUCGACCAAUCACGGCUCAAGAUGAUCAGCCAGAUCCGCCCACAAUAGUCCAGGAUCCAGACAUUGCCAAAGAGUGUUGUGGAGACAGGUGGAUCCGCACACGGACAGUUAGUUGGAUAUCUAUGAUGGAUAGAUGAAAACAAGGGAUGGAUGGAUGGAUGGAUGGAUGGAUGGACAGCAGACACGACUGAAACAAUCAGCCCUCAUUUUCUCCUCUGCAAAACAUCCACGGCUUCCUUUCUUCCCGGAAACACUCAUGCUUUUGGUCCAUUUUUGUAUUUUUUUUUUUUUUACAUUGUUGGCUCAUAUAUUCAGAGAAACAUUAUCACUGAUUAGAAUUUGCAAAAAGCAAAUGAAACAAAGGAUUUGAAGGACAUCGCAAAAAGUGGAACCGAAGCCAUUUUUAAAAAGGACAAUGAAGAUGUUUUUUUUUUUUUUUUUGUAUUUUAAACGUGCUUUUGUAACUAUAAUAUUGUUAAUGUUAUCUGCCUUGAUUAUUGCAGUAUGUCCGUUAGAUCUAAAGUCUUCCUGUUUCUAUGAGUAAUUAUUUACAGCAGAGCUGUCCAUUAAAGUAAUAACAUCUCAUUUCCCCCUCAAAAGAUCGCUUUAUCUCAGGUGGCAUAACAGCAGAUUUUUUUAUAGCAAGUUUAUUAAUGGAAAGAAAUCCUAAACUGCAACAGGACCCUUUUUAAGUUAACAUGCAUAUUAAUAUACAAAGAAUGUUUAUAUUUAACACAAAUAAGAGUUAUGAAUUGUAAGGAAACUUGGAGAGAAAAUACUGAGGGGGGAGUGGAGAAGGACAGAAAGGUAAGAGAUUUUAGGACAUCCUGAGCCACUUGUUUCCUGUUUGACAGACUAGGACCAUAUCGUUCUAAACGCUUUGAUGAUAUUAAUAGUUUCAAAUUAAGUAAAUGGUCUACAGUCCUAUUUUGUUCCACCCACUUGAAGUAUGUGCCGUUAUGUUAAUGAUUGACCUUAUCUGACAUCUUUAUUUCUCUGUUACCUGAUCAGUCCUGUAAUUCCUCCUUCCUCACUUCUUCCCUCUCCCAUGUCAUGAGCAGUUUUCUCAGGAAGGAGACGCCUGUAUAGUUGCUAAACCCAGCAAAUAAAACACUAUUAUUAAGAGGCA